AUGCGGGUUUUGGGCCAGGACCAAGCUUGUCUGUAUUGUGGGGAGCGUGACGAAUCUCGUGACCACUUGUUUUUUGCCUGCCCUUACACGUACACUCUCUGGUGGACAAUGGCAGCGGAGCUAUUGGGGAACAGUGCCUCUCCGGACUGGAACCAAACGCUACAGUACAUUAUUUCUCAAGGGUCCGACACCAUGGACUCCAUUCUUCUCCGUCUAUUGUUCCAAACCAUAGUCUACCACCUAUGGCGAGAACGGAAUAUGCGAAGACACCAAACAAGUUGGGCCCCGAUACACCAGCUUGGCCUCCUAGUGGACAAGUCUAUGCGGAAUAGAAUCUCCUCCCUGAACUACAAGUUUCCUCAUAAGUUUGAAGGAUUGCUACGUCGAUGGUUCGAAAUACGAAGGCUUCCCUGA